CGCGCGCAGGCGCUCUGUUGCGCCCGGCCUUAGCGGCCGUGCGUCGGAGCGUGGGGGGCUGCCGCCGCCGUCGGGUUUGAGCGCCCGGUGCCCGCCGGGGCCAUGUCGGGCCUCCUGCCGCGGCAGGAGGAUGGGGAGAGCGCGGCGCUGCGCCAAAAGGAGGAGCUGAGCCGGCGGAUUAAAGAGCAGAAGGUUGUAGUCGACGAGCUUUCUAAUUUGAAGAAGAACCGGAAAGUUUAUAAGCAGCAACCCAAUAGCAACAUAUUCUUCCUUGCAGACCGAACAGAAACACUGUCUCAAUGCAAAAAUACAUUAGAUGAGUUGAAGAAGGCACAUCAGGAGCUGGAAAAUUCAGAAAAGGCUAAAAUCAAGAAGUAGUUCCUGUGAAUUCCCUGUUGCAAUGUGUGGUAUUUGCUGUGUUGUUACCUUGUGCAGCCAGCGUGCGAUUUGUGAUUUCCUUAGUGAAGACAUCCUCUGCCAUCUGAGAAGACGAGGACCAGACAGUAG